AUGACGUCAGCCUCUCCUACUCUUGCCGCGGCCUCCUCUACUGCAACCGGCUCCUCUGACCUCACAGGCCGCGCCGGCGUCGAUGUCCCAGCAGAUGGGGCCCCCAGCCCUGCAGGCGACCCUCUCCUUCCACUCCUGCUUCUCAAGCAUGGCCCCUUCAUCCUGGUCCUGCUGCUCAUCUCCGGACUGAGCCGCUCUGGUGGCCUGGCCCUCCUGGCAGGUCUCCCCCCAGGUGGCCGUGCUGUCCUGACUCUUCCCGCCAUCACAAGGUUCUCAGAUGGCGCAGCGCCCACAGUGACCAACUGCUCCCGCACCCAGUCUGCACCUCUGGCUUGUGCCAAGGCUGAAAUCAGCAAUUUAAGGGACAGUACCACCAGUAGCAAUUUCUUAAUACUAUGCAAAGGUCAGAAUUGCAGUUUUGUUCUACAAGAUCGAAAUGGCACUAUAGAAAGUCCGGGAUUCCCAUAUGGAUACCCAAAUUAUGCCAACUGUACAUGGACAAUUAACUCUGAAGAGCAGAACCGAAUACAACUGGUGUUCCAGUCAUUUGCCUUAGAAGAAGAUUUUGAUGUCCUGUCUGUUUAUGAUGGGGAGCCUAUACCUGGAAAUCUGAGAACAAGGCUAACUGGUUUCCAUCUUCCAGCACCAAUCGUGAGCAGUGGUAACCUCCUGACUCUUUGGUUAGUCUCCGAUUAUGCAGUCAGUGCACAAGGUUUCCGUUCCACUUAUGAAGUUUUGCCAAGCCAUACAUGUGGGAAUUCUGGUCGCUUACAGAAUGGCGUGCAGCUGGGGUCCACAUUUAAUGUCGGGGACAAGGUCAGGUACAGCUGUAACUCAGGAUAUAUCCUGGAAGGACACGCUCUGCUGACUUGUAUAUCGGGCACACAAAACAGCGCUGCUUGGGAUUUUCCAUUACCCUCCUGUAGAGCGGAUGAUGCAUGUGGAGGGACAUUAAGAGGCCAAAGCGGCAUCAUCACCAGCCCUAAUUUUCCAUCGGAAUACAAUAACAACGCAGACUGUACAUGGACAAUCCUGGCGGAGCUUGGAGAUACUAUUGCCUUGAUCUUCACAGACUUUCAGUUAGAAGAAGCUUAUGACUACCUAGAAGUCACUGGGACAGAAGGAGCUUCACUCUGGUUUACUGGAGGAAAUUUACCGCCACCAGUCAUCAGCAGCAAGAACUGGCUCAGACUUCACUUCACCUCUGAUGGCAACCAUAGACAGAAAGGGUUUAGCGCACAAUAUCAAGUAAAAAAACAGAUGGAAAUGAAAUCCAGAGGAGUGAAGCUUCUUCCUAAUAAAGACAGCAACCAGAAGACGUCAGUGUUAACUCAGGUGGGUGUGUACCAAGGGCACCACUUGUGUCCAGAUCCAGGAAUUCCGGAACAAGGAAAAAGAAUAGGUUCUGAUUUCAGCAGGCUGGGCUCCAGUAUCCAAUUUAUGUGCAACGAGGGUUAUGAUUUACAAGGCUCUAAGAGCAUCACUUGCAUGAAAGUGAGUGACAUGUUUGCGGCCUGGAGUGACCAUCGGCCUGUGUGCAGAGCGAGGAUGUGUGAUGCACAUGUACGAGGGCCUUCUGGGGUCAUUACCUCCCCAAAUUUUCCAGUCCAGUAUGACAGUAAUGCGCAUUGUGCCUGGAUCAUCACUGCUGUUAACCCAGCCAAGGUAAUCAAGCUGACAUUUGAAGAAUUUGAACUGGAGAGAGGGUACGAUACUCUGACCAUAGGAGAUGGGGGGAAGGUUGGAGAUCAGAAGACUGUGCUCUAUGUCUUAACCGGUGCUAGUUUUCCUGAUCUAAUAGUGAGCUCUAACAAUCAAAUGUGGCUCCUCUUCAGGACAGAUACAUCUGGCAGUAAUCUGGGCUUUAAAGCUUCAUAUGAAGAAAUAGACCAGGGAAGCUGUGGAGACCCUGGAAUUCCAGCAUUUGGAACAAGAGAUGGAUCCAGAUUCCGACAUGGGGACACCCUGAUAUUCCAUUGCCAACCGGCAUUCGAGCUGGUGGGGCAACAGUCCAUCACCUGCCAAAAGAACAGCCAAUGGUCUGCCAGAAAACCUAGUUGUGUGUUUUCCUGCUUCUUUAAUUUCACCACCCCAUCCGGUAAUGUCCUUUCUCCAAACUACCCUGAGGAAUACAGCAACCACCUGCACUGUGUGUGGCUGAUCAUUGCUAAGCCUGAAAGCCGAAUUCACUUAGCAUUCAAUGACUUUGAUGUGGAGCCACAGUUUGACUUCUUAGCUAUUAAAGAUGGAGGGUCUCCAGAGUCACCUGUCUUGGGCACAUUUUCAGGAAACCAGGUUCCUUCCUCACUCACCAGCAGUGGCCAUGUACUGAGGUUGGAGUUUCAAACUGAUCAUUCCACUGAGAAGAGAGGGUUCAACAUUACAUUCACAACUUUCAGACAUAACGAAUGCCCAGAUCCUGGGGUUCCUGUGAAUGGUAAGAGAUUUGGGGAGAGCCUCCAGUUGGGGAGUUCUGUGUCCUUUCUCUGUGAUGACGGCUUUAUUCGAACACAUGGGUCUGAGACAAUCACCUGUAUAAUGAAGGAAGGAAAUGUGGUGUGGAACAGCGCGGUGCUGAGGUGUGAAGCACCAUGUGGGGGUCAUCUAACUGCUCCAAGUGGAAUGAUUCUGUCUCCAGGAUGGCCUGGAUUCUACAAGGAUUCACUGAAUUGUGUGUGGGUCCUAGAAGCUCAACCUGGAUAUCCCAUCAAAAUCACCUUUGACAAGUUUAAGACAGAAGUUAACUAUGACACUUUAGAAGUCCGAGACGGCAGGUCGUACUCCUCUCCCUUGAUUGGUGUGUAUGAUGGAACUCAAGUCCCUCAGUUCCUGAUAAGCACCAGCAACUUUCUCUACCUCCUCUUCACUACUGAUAAGAGUCACUCAGACAUCGGCUUCCAAAUACGCUAUGAAACUGUAACAUUACAAUCUGAUCAUUGCCUGGAUCCAGGGAUACCUGUCAAUGGGCAGCGUCAUGGCAAUGACUUCUAUGUGGGGGCUUUGGUGACCUUCAGCUGUGAUCCGGGUUAUACACUUAGUGAUAAUGAAGCUCUAGAGUGUGAACCCAACUUCCAGUGGAGCAGAGCCCUUCCAAGCUGUGAAGCACUGUGCGGGGGAUAUAUCCAGGGCUCCAGCGGUACUAUACUGUCACCAGGAUUCCCUGACUUCUAUCCAAACAACCUCAACUGCACAUGGGUGAUAGAAACUUCUCAUGGUAAAGGCGUGUUCUUCACUUUCCAUACCUUUCACCUAGAAAGUGGACAUGACUACCUGCUGAUUACAGAGAAUGGCAGCUUUACCCAGCCACUAAAACGCCUCACAGGAUCCCGUCUGCCUGCUCCUAUCAGUGCCGGAUUAUAUGGGAACUUCACAGCUCAGCUACGCUUCAUAUCAGAUUUCUCUAUGUCCUAUGAGGGGUUUAAUGUCACAUUUUCAGAGUAUGAUCUGGAACCUUGCGAUGAACCAGAAGUACCAGCUUACAGUAUUAGGAAGGGUCUUCAGUUUGGAGUUGGCGAUUCUCUGACCUUCUCCUGUUUUCCUGGGUACCGUCUGGAAGGAGCAUCCCGCAUCACUUGCCUGGGAGGUAGACGGCGUGUGUGGAGUUCGCCUCUCCCAAGGUGUGUUGCGGAGUGUGGAGCAUCAGUUACUGGGACACAGGGUGUGCUGCUGUCCCCAAAUUACCCUGCAAACUACAGCAACCACCAUGAGUGCAUCUACUCUAUCCAGAGUCAGCCUGGGAAAGGCGUCCAGUUAAGAGCCAGGACAUUCAGCUUGCAGCCUGGGGACUAUCUAAAGGUUUAUGAUGGGCAUAACAAUUCUGCUCGACUCCUUGGAUCUUUCAGCCAAUCAGAAAUGCUGGGGCGGAGCCUGAAUAGCACAUCCAGUGCUCUUUGGCUGGAAUUCAUUACUAAUGCAGAAAACACCAGCAAAGGAUUUGAAUUAUUUUAUUCAAGUUUUGAGCUAAUUAAAUGUGAAGAUCCUGGGACACCAUUGUAUGGCUACAAAGACAGGGAUGAGGGACACUUUGCUGGAAGUUCUGUUACAUUCAACUGUGACCCUGGCUACAGUCUACGAGGCAGUCGUGUCUUAGUGUGCCUGACUGGAGAGCGCAGAGUGUGGGACCAACCACUCCCCUUGUGUGUAGCCGAUUGUGGGGGUAAUAUCCAUGGAGAGAAGGUUGGAAGAGUGUUAUCACCAGGGUAUCCAACACCUUAUGACCACAACCUAAAUUGCAUUUGGGUAAUAGAAGCAGAUGCUGGAUGCACCAUUGGACUGCAUUUUACCGUAUUCCACACAGAGGAAGUGCAUGACGUCCUAAAGAUAUGGGAUGGCUCUAUGGAGAGUGGGAUCUUGAUGAAGGAGCUAAGUGGUUCCAUUUUGCCUCCUGAUAUUCACAGUACUUUCAACUCUGUCACGCUUCAUUUCAGCACUGAUUUCUUCACCAGCAAACAAGGAUUCUCCAUCCAUUACUCUGUAACAACAGCAACUUCUUGUAACGAUCCUGGAAUCCCACAGAAUGGCAGCCGAAGUGGUGACAGCAGGGAUGCAGGAGAUUCCAUAGUGUUCCAGUGUGACCCAGGAUAUCUUCUACAAGGGGAAACCAAAAUCAGUUGUGUGCAGAUAGCAGAUCGCUUCUACUGGAAUCCCAAUCCCCCUAUCUGUAUAGCUCCGUGUGGUGGCAAUCUGAGCAGCCCAACGGGUGUCAUACUUUCUCCUCAAUACCCAGAACCCUAUCCCCCUUUGAAGGAGUGUGACUGGAGGAUAACAGUGUCUUCUGACUAUGUGAUUGCAUUAUCUUUUAACAUCUUUAAUUUGGAACCUGGUUAUGAUUUCCUUCACAUCUACGAUGGACCUGACUCAUUGAGUCCCCUGAUUGGGAGUUUUUUUGGCGCUCAACUUCCAGAUAGGAUCGAGAGCAGUAGCAACAGUCUUUUUCUUGCCUUUCGCAGCGACGCCUCUGUAAGCAGCGGAGGAUUUGUCAUUGAUUACACAGAAAAUCCCAGGGAGUCCUGCUUUGAGCCAGGAACUGUAAAAAAUGGAACUCGUGUUGGAAGUGACCUGAAGCUUGGCUCCACAAUCACUUAUUACUGUGAAAGCGGAUAUGAUAUAGAGGGGGCUCCUACUUUGACCUGUGUGAUGGGAGAGGAUGGGAAACCAGUCUGGAAUCAUCCUCGCCCCAGUUGUACAGCUCCUUGCGGCGGCCAGUAUGUUAGUCAAGAUGGAGUCGUCCUGUCUCCUAACUAUCCCCGUAACUACACUGUUGGACAGAACUGUUCCUAUUUUAUUGUGGUUCCAAAGGAUUAUGUGGUCUUUGGACAGUUCACCUUCUUCCAGACAGCUCUAAAUGAUGUGGUUGAAGUGCAUGAUGGCCCAAAUGACCAUUCUCGGCUGCUCAGUUCCCUCUCUGGGUCUCAUACGGGUGAAUCUCUACCUCUUGCGACUUCCAAUCAGAUUUUAAUUAAGUUCAGUGCCAAGGGACAAGCGACAGCCAAAGGAUUUCAUUUUGUUUACCAAGCUGUUCCUCGAACAAGUGCCACUCAGUGCAGUUCCAUCCCAGAGCCUAAAUAUGGCCGUCGCAUUGGGAAUGACUUUUCUGUUGGAGCAAUUGUUCGCUUUGAGUGUAUCGCUGGAUAUGCUCUACAAGGCUCCAGGAACAUUGAGUGUCAGGCUGUAAUGGGAGCCCUGGCACAAUGGAACACAUCAGUCCCUUCCUGUGUUGUGCCUUGUGGUGGAAACCUGACAGAACGUAAGGGGACUAUCCUGUCCCCAGGAUUCCCAGUACCAUAUUUAAACAGCCUUAAUUGUGUGGGGAGGAUAUCAGUACCUGAAGGAGCCGGGAUACAGAUCCAGGUUAUCAGCUUUGUCACAGAACAAAACUGGGACUCACUAGAGGUUUUCGAUGGUGGGGACAACACUGUCACCAUGUUGGGAAGCUUUUCAGGAACCACAGUCCCUGCAUUGCUGAACAGCACUUCAAACCAACUUUACCUGCAUUUCUUUUCUGACAUUAGUGUAUCUGCUGCUGGCUUCCAUUUAGAAUAUAAAACUGUUGGUCUCUCUAGUUGCCCAGAACCAGCAGUUCCCAGUAAUGGAGUGAAAAGUGGAGAGAGAUACCUGGUGAAUGAUGUAGUUUCCUUCCAGUGUGAACCAGGAUACUCUUUGCAGGGUCACUCCCAUAUCUCCUGUAUGCCAGGCACUGUGAGACGCUGGAAUUAUCCUCCCCCUCUAUGCAUCGCUCAGUGUAGAGGGGUCUUAGAGGACAUGGAAGGCGUCAUUCUGAGUCCUGGAUUCCCAGGAAAUUAUCCCAGUAACUUGGACUGCACCUGGAAAAUCUCCUUGCCGGUGGGAUUUGGAGCCCACAUUCAGUUACUGAGUUUCUCUAGCGAAGCCAACCAUGACUUUUUAGAGAUCCGUAAUGGCCCCCAUGAGACCAGUGGUGUGAUUGGAAGGUUCAGUGGUUCAGAGACCCCAGGCCCCCUUCUCUCUACAUCACAUGAAACUACAAUAUAUUUUCACAGUGACCACUCCCAAAACAAGCCAGGAUUUAAACUGGAGUAUCAAGCCUAUGAACUUCAAGAGUGUCCAGACCCUGAACCUUUUGCCCAUGGUGUGGUUAGAGGAGCUGGGUACAACGUUGGACAAUCAAUCUCCUUUGAGUGCCUCCCUGGGUACCAGCUGAUAGGCCACUCUGUUCUAACAUGCCAGCAUGGCACCAACAGGAACUGGGACCAUCCUUUCCCUCGAUGUGAAGUUCCUUGUGGAGGAAACAUCACAGCAUUCAACGGCUCCAUUUACUCUCCUGGCUUUCCUGGCCCAUACCCCAAUUCCCAAGAUUGCAUCUGGCUCAUCACUGUACCUAUUGGAUUUGGAAUUCAUGUAAACUUCACCAUAUUACAGACUGAACCUGAGAAUGACUUCAUCACAGUCUGGGAUGGUCCUCAACAGUCAGAUCCACAACUGGGAGUCUUUACCAGCAGCUCUCAGAAAAGGUUCACCCUGAGUUCCUCCCACCAAGUUCUUCUGAACUUUCACAGUGAUGCUGCCAAUGGAGGGAUCUUUGCUCUAUACUUCUAUGGUUAUCGGCUUAGGAAAUGCAAACCUCCAACAACUGUGUCCAAUGGAGAGGUCCUCUCUGGCAGUGAGGAGUUUCUGAUGGGCGACAUUGUGAGGUACAAGUGCCUGCCAGGAUUCACUCUAAUGGGCCCGGAGAUCCUGACUUGCCGGCUUGGCACCCAUCUGCUGUUUGAGGGCCCUCCCCCAUCCUGUGAUGUACAAUGUCCUUCCAAUGAGGUGUUGACCGACUCUACUGGAGUAAUCCUUAGCCAAAGUUUCCCAGGAACGUACCCUCACUUUCAGACUUGCUCUUGGCUUAUCAAAGUGGAGGCUGGAUACAAUGUGACACUUAUUGUGGAAUAUUUUUUGAGCGAAAAACAAUAUGAUGAGUUUGAGAUCUUUGAUGGCCCCUCUGGACAGAAUCCACUAUUGAUAUCCCUUAGCGGUAAUUACUCUGCUCCUCUUACCGUCACCAGCACUACGAACAAAGUGCAUCUACGUUGGACGUCUGAUCAUGCUUACAGCAAGAAGGGUUUCAAAAUCCGUUAUUCAGCUGCGUACUGCAGUCUCCCUCAGCCUCCUCAACACGGCUCUGCACUGGGGCUCGUCACCAGCCCGCCUGGGGGAGUUGUACGAUAUACGUGCAAUCCUGGUUUUAGGCUGAUUGGAAUGAACUCAGCCACCUGCUUACGUAGACCUCAAGGGUACUAUGAUUGGAAUUCUGAGGUGCCACUGUGCCAGGCUAUGUUCUGCGGUGUCCCUGCUGCUCCGAAGAAUGGAGCAGUGUUUGGUAAGGAAUACACUGUUGGCACUAAGGCUGUGUACGAGUGUGAUGAAGGGCACCAUUUACAAAAUCCAGCAGAUGCUGUGGCUGAGUGUUUGCCCUCUGGGCACUGGAGUAAUGGAAAUAACCCUCCUCAGUGUGUUGCUGUCACCUGCCCAGAUAUCAGUAGUAUGAACACAGAACAUGGUCGAUGGCGCCUUAUGCACAAGUCACAGUACCAGUAUGGGGCUGAGCUCAUGCUAAUUUGUGACCCUGGAUAUUACUACUUGGGACCCCGCAUCAUCAGAUGCCAGGCUAAUGGGACAUGGAGCAUGGGGGACAGCUUGCCGACCUGUAACAUUAUCUCCUGUGGAGAUCUGCCCACUCCAGCGAAUGGAAACAAAAUUGGGAUGUUGACACAGUACGGAGCUACUGCAAUCUUUGCCUGUAACACUGGGUACACUCUGGUGGGGUCCCGCGUGCGGGAGUGCAUGGCCAAUGGUCUAUGGAGUGGGCAAGAGGUGAAGUGUCUUGCUGGGCAUUGCGGGACCCCAGAGCCUGUAGUCAACGGACUGAUCAAUGAGCAGAACUAUAAUUACAGAGACAGUGUGGUGUAUCAAUGCAAUGCUGGCUUCAGACUGAUAGGGAUGUCAGUGAGAAUAUGUCAGCAAGACCAUCGCUGGUCAGGGAAAUCUCCAAUCUGUGUGCCAAUCACCUGUGGGCAUCCUGGUAAUCCCGGGAAUGGAAUGACCCUUGGAUCUCAGUUUAACCUGAAUGACAUAGUAAAGUUUGCAUGCAGCUCUGGUUAUGUACUAGAGGGGGCUAUACAAUCCCAGUGUCAAUCCAAUGGACAGUGGAGUCAAACAUUGCCAACAUGCAGAAUCCUGAACUGCACAGACCCGGGACACAUUGACAAUGGCCUCAGACGAGUGCUGCAAACAGGCCCAGACAGGUUUAGCUUUGGUACUUCUGUAUCGUAUGAGUGCAGCCACGGUUACUACCUGAUGGGUACACACGUCCUGACAUGUCAAGGAGACGGCACGUGGGACAGAGCCCUGCCACGUUGUUUGUUGAUCUCCUGUGGUUCUCCUGGCCUUCCACCUAAUGCUGUGAUCUCUGGUAAACGAUAUACAGUGGGCUCAAUGGUACAGUACAGCUGCUUAGGAAGACGAACACUCAUUGGAAAUGCUACUCGUAUAUGCCAGCUGGACGGACGGUGGAGUGGAUUCCUUCCACUCUGUACAGGUGGUAGUGCAGGGGACUGCGGAGACCCAGGUGUGCCAUCACAUGGGCUGCGCCAGGGUGAUGAAUUUACUACAGGGAGCAUUGUAAGAUUCAGCUGUGAGGCUGGGUACACCCUACGAGGCUCUGUAGAAAGAACCUGCCAGUUUAGUGGGACAUGGAGUGGAUUCCAACCAGAGUGUGAAGUUGUCUCCUGUGGGAAUCCGGGUACCCCAAGUAAUUCCCGUGUGGUGUUCAAUGAUGGCCUAGUGUUCUCAAGCUCCAUUAUUUAUGAGUGCCGAGAAGGAUACUACUCAAGUGGUCCCCUGAGUCGCCACUGCACUGUCAACCGUACUUGGACAGGCACAGCCCCAGAGUGCAAUGUAAUCAACUGUGGUGAUCCUGGAGUCCCAGCCAAUGGAAUCAGACUUGACAAUGAUUUCCACUACAAUAAAACAGUGUCAUUCCUGUGUUUGCCUGGAUACAUGAUGGAAUCUGAUCGUGCUCCUGUUCUGCUGUGUACCAAAGAUCGUACCUGGAAUGGCACCAAACCGAUCUGCAAGGCGAUCACAUGCCCACCUCCCCCUUCAAUCCCCAAUGGAAAGCCAGUAGGGUCGGAUUUUUUGUGGGGGUCCAGCCUGACAUAUGCUUGCGUGGAGGGUUACCAGCUAUCAUUUCCUGCCAUCCUUACUUGUGAAAGCAACAGGAGCUGGGUGGGGGAAAUCCCACAGUGUUUCCCUGUGUUUUGUGGAGAUCCAGGAGUCCCAGCCCAUGCCCGCAGGGUGGAUAGGGGCUUCAGUUAUCGUUCAUCCAUAUUCUUCUCCUGUUCCCCUCCUCUGGUACUUGUUGGGUCAGUACGUAGAUACUGUCAGUCUGAUGGUACCUGGAGUGGAACCCAACCCAGCUGCAUAGAUCCUUCCCACACUACCUGUUCUGAUCCCGGGAUACCAUCCUUUGGAAUGCAGAACAGCUCCCAAGGGUUCCAGGUUGGAAGCACAGUGAUGUUUAGGUGUCAGAAGGGUUACCUGCUUCAGGGCUCCACCACAAGGACUUGCCUCCCAAACUUGACAUGGAGUGGAGUACAGCCAGAGUGCAUCCCUCAUCACUGCAGACAGCCCGAAACCCCUGCUCAUGCCAACGUGGGAGCGCUGGAUCUGCCAUCUCUGGGCUACACCCUGAUUUACACCUGCCAGGCUGGCUACUACCUAACAGGUGGUUCUGAGCAUCGGACUUGCAAGGUAGACGGGACCUGGACUGGGAAACCUCCUGUUUGUCUAGCUGAUGUCAGACCAAGCGGUAGACCCAUUUAUCCAUCUAAGGAGCCUUCCAAACCAAAAAUAUCAGUUCUUGCAGAUAUAUUUGCUGUAAACUCCAUCUGGAAAGGAUCAUAUGAAUAUCUGGGUAGAAAACAGCCGGCCAUGCUCACUGUCACCAGCUUUGAGGUUGGAAGCAGCAAAGUUAAUGCUACAAUGAUUGAUCAAAGUGGGGUGCAACUGCACUUGUCAGGUAUUUAUAAGAAGGAAGAACUCCACCUGGUGUUACAAGCUCAUCAGGUGCGAGGACCAGCUGAUAUCUUCAUGGAAAAAUUCAGGAAUGAUAGCUGGGCGCUAGAUGGCCAUGUGUCAUCAGAGUCUUCAGGUGGGACAUACGUGUAUCAAGGCUUUGUUCAUGGCAAAGGUUUUGGCCACUUUGGCCUUCAGAGACUAGACCUGACACGACUGGGAACUGAUGAUACCAUAGGACAUUUACCAUCAAACAGCAGCUCUGUGGCAGCUGCUAUUCUCGUGCCUUUUAUAGCACUGAUAAUCGCAGGCUUUGUCCUCUAUUUAUAUAAACACAGAAGGAGACCGAAGGUGCCAUUUAAUGGCUUUGCAGGCCAUGAGAACACAAACGGACGAGCAACAUUUGAGAAUCCUAUGUAUGAACGUAAUGUACAACCUACAGAAAUUGUAGCCAAUGAAACAGAAUUUACAGUCAGCACUGUGUGCACAGCUGUAUAGCACCUGCCUCUCACAAGUGACCUGGGUUUACUUGGAGUCUCAGUCCUGCCCUACCCCUUGUCCCGCAAACUACCAGUGGGUAGCUGACAUCGCCAGUGCACUUUAUAGCACCCACCAUUAAUACCACCCAACGUGUGCUGUGCUGGUGAGUUAGAAGAAACCAGGAAAGAACUUAUACCCCACAGAGAUGCAAGGCCAGCUAUAGACUGGCACUAAUCUAUCAUGUUGGACUGCCACCACUGACAUCUGAGUAUCUCCACCUAAAAUAAGUGGCAGGGCCGCCACCUCAAGAGGACCUAUUCCUCCCGGGACACAGCGCAAGUGCUUUUAUACUGAACUUGAAUACAUGCAAUGUCAGAUGGAAGUGGAUAGAAACAUACAAAUAAAUAUAUAUAGAUAGAUAUAUAUAUAUAUAUAAAUAUACAUAUUUUUAUUCUGCAAAGAACCAGUUCCAAAAAGUGCUUUUCCUCCAUGCUUCUCCACCUGAUCCCUGCAGCACAUAACAGACUGUGUUGCAUUGGCGUGAAGGAGGAGUGCAGCCUUACACCCUAAAUCCCAGGUUGAUGUGCAAUUCUUUAACAAGAGAACACUUAAAGGAGAGACAUCAAGUUAUUUCAGCCUAUGAAUGCUAUACCUUCUCUUGCUGCUCACAAAUGGAUUAAACUUAUCCCCUGGAUAACAUUGUUUGACCGUGAUAAACGUUUCUGUAUGACAAACAAAGGAAGCUUUAUCAACAAAUGCCAAGAAUGUACAAGUGGGAUAUAAGAAACUGUGGUUGGCUGUGAAUUAAGGAGUGCAAACUAUUACAAAAAAAAAUAUAUUUCUAUGGUUUAUAAAUUAUGCACAAGCCCCCAACAAGAAAAGGCAAUGUUAUUGCUUUUUCAGGCUCUAUUUUAUACAAAAUUUAACCAUUAGGUUGUUGCUAAAUUUCACUGUUGGAUAAAGAAGUUGUUUAAAUGGUAUAUAAGCAGUGUAUCCUAUAUUUAAUGCAUUUUGUUACAUACGGUAACACAGUCAUAUAACAUUGUAUUAACCUAAAUGUCUCAAUCAGGCUGCUGAGCAAUUUCUGGAAUACCUGACUUAUUAAAGUAGGAAAGGAAAGCCUCUAAUGAUAUAUUUAUCACAUGUACUAAAGGUGUUGAAUGGAUUCUGCUACAUCCACCUGUAUAUUUUCAUAUUUUUAUCAAAUUAAAUUAGAAAUGGUGGGUUUCAUUGAGGUGAUCAUUGCACUUUAGUAUCUCUAGGAGUCCUGAGAUAUUUUCAUUUUAGCUUGUUUGUUUCUGCCUGUUCUAGAUAGGUACAGCUAUAAAAACUUGUCCUGCCUUUACAGUACACAGACAGUAAUUAGGACGUUGCUUAUUCUUGAAAGCACAACUUGGCAGCCACGUUCUGUUCUAAAGAAAUGGUAUUUAUUAAUGUGCCAUUCUGUGCUCUUAUGACAUGGCAUCUUCCUAUUGGGUUUAUGAAGGUUUAACUUGAAUUGUAGCUAUUAAAAUGAAAGUUCAAAUGGUGCUUUAAUCCCCCCCCCCCCUCCCCCUCAUUUCUACAGCCUUGUGUUGUAAAAGAUUGUGAACUGACAGAUAAGAAGAGAGUAAACUUACACAGACCUGGGGCCCUUUUACCACAAUAUGCUCUGCACUCCAUGGCUGCUCCAAACUUCUUCAGUCUGAAAUGCAAACAUUGACAGAACUCGCUAAGCACCUCAUUGCUCCAUUACUGGUCCUCCCCAACAGAAUAAGCCACGAAAUGCGUGGAAAGGACAAAUAGAAUACAUACGGACUAUUUUGUACAGAGAUAUAUUUUUAUGAAGAGUUUGUACAGUUAAAGAAAAAAAAACUACAAAAAGUAAAAAUCCCUGAAAUCCAACAGAAACCCUUAUUUCCUUUUUUGGAUUAUUGUAUUCUAUGAUAGUGAUCAGCUUUUUUGUAAAUGUAUUAAAAUGUACAAAUGCCUUGUUUACAGAAGAUAACUGUACAUAUGUAAUCUAUACACACUCCGGCUUGUCUGCAAUAUAAACAGUUUAAUUUAUGUGUCUCUGUAUAUGAGGCUUCUUUAUGUUCAAUUUGCCUUUUCAUUUCAAUGAUUUUGAAAAGCUAUUUUAAAUUUUGGAAAUUCAAAUUAAAUCUAAAUUUUUGCAUUG